AUUGGCGGCAAUGGAAGACCUCAAAGAGUUUUCACUAGGGAUCGGCAAAGAGUUCAUACCCUUCUUUGAUACCAAAGAAGACCAAGUUGAUAACGAGAGUCAGGAAGAGCCUGAUAAUGAAGAAGAUUACCAAUUCAAAGCUUCUACAGCAUCUUUUGAAUCUUUGCUUAACCAAAAAGAGGGGGAAAUGGAUGAAGAAACUGAGAAAGGAUAUUCUGCUUCUAAAGAUCAUAUUAACGACGUCACAGAGCUUUCCUCUUACAGUAAAGAGCUAGUUCAGGACCAGAUCUCUAAAAUUAAGUCUCUAGAACAAGAGCUUCUGUCAGGAAAGCAAAACAAUUACUCUGAAAUUCCUUCUUCAGAAGAGUACCACAUAAAAGACAAAUCGAGUCUAUUGAAGACCUAUAAAGAUCAAAAUGAAAACUACAAGUCUCAGAUAAGGUCUCUAACCAGACUGCUUGAGGAGCAAAAGACAUUCUACACAAGAAUGACCCAAGAUGCGAGUAAAUCUGAAUCUGAAAAUCUCACACAAAUUGCAAACUUAAUGAGCACUCUUCACAACAUGACUAAUGAAAAUUCUUUUCUCAGAAAUCAAUGUGGAGAACUUGAAAGGAGAUGUUGCCAGAAGGACGAAGAGCUCUCUCUCCAAGCGCAGACUCUAAGAAGGAAAGCUAAGGAGCUCAAGGAUAUCAAAUCUUCUGAAACUGGUAAAAUGGAGUCGAUCAAUAAGAAAAUUAAUAAAGUAAAGCAAAGAUCUGAUGAGCAAGAGAGUAAGAUUAUCAGUAUUAACAAGUCCAAGAAGUCUCUCCAAGCCCAGCUUGCUCAAUGCAAAUCUGAGCUCUCUGAUCGGAUUCAAGAGUUUAAUACAGUUAAAGAGAAGGAAAUCUCCUUGAUUGAGAAGCUCAGGAAGGAGAUAGAGAAACUAAAGAAAGACAACAAGGAGCUAUUGGCGAAGAAUGAUAAAUUAAGAGAGGAUAAAGAUAGAAGAGAAGCUAUGCAGAAGAGAGUCUCCGAGUGAGCUGUGAAGAUGGAGAAGAUAAAUAAGGAAAUUGAUCUAGAGCGUAAGAAAAGCUCCAGGCUGACUAAAGAAAAUACUGGUUAUAAGAAGGAAAUUGAUGUUCUCAAGGAGAAGAUUAAAGGUGAAAAUCAUCCUGAUAGUCUUAAGGCCAAGAUUCAUGAUCAGUCUACUAGGAUUGCAAACCUGAGAAAGGACAACUCCAGCAAAGCUAAGGAAAUUUCUUCGUUAGUUAGUAAGGUAGAAAAAGCUAAUUUUGACAUUAAACAAAUCAGUGAUUACCUUACAUCUGAGUAUAAGUGCCUAUCUACUUGGAUUGAAUCCUGCCUGAACAGUAAAUACGUCUUUUCAAUUUCAAACAGUUCUAAAAAUCCUGAAAAAUAUUCAUUGCCAAAAUGAAUAGAUUUUCCUAAAAUUAUUGAUCAGAAGCCAGAUAUCUUGAAGGAGAAAUCUAAGUUCUGCAAAAUCUCUGGAAUUCCAAAACAACUAGAAUCUCUCAAGAAACUGCUAAGGAAGUCACAAGUGGAAAUUAUUGAAUCAGCUGCUAAGAUCAUCGAAGAUAAUGCUACUUUGCAGGAAAAUAUCCGUGAAACUAACCAGUUCAAGUCUGAGAUAUCGAAAGAUUUUGAAAAUCUCAAAAUGUCGCUCAUCACUACUGAAAAAUCGAUCACCCAUCUCAAUUCAGAGAAGGAUGAUCUUGUUGAUGAAACACAGAAAUGGAAGGAGAAAUUCACUGCUGUUGAGAACCAAUAUAAAAACAUAUCAUCCGAGUACGAUAGAGUCCUUCUAGACAUCCUUUUCUCUCUUGAGACUGCAAGGAAGAGGUAUGAAAACACCGAAAAUCUGAAAGAAUCUACCUCAGAUUUCAUCAGUGAUCCCCUACUUGCAAAAAUUCAGAAGAAUCUAGAGAGCCCAUCUAGUGAAGAUGGACUGAAGCGUUCAGAUCGUAAAGCAGGCAUUAUAAAAUAUAUCGGAUGCUUUGACCAAAUCAUUAUCUCAUUGGCAGGAGAUUUAUCACAAUCUGAUCAAACUUUGCAGAAAAUUCCUCAGUUGCAGAACCAAGUUAAAGAAACUACUAAACAAUUGGAACAAGCUGAAGUAGAUUUUGCUAAUGAAAGAGAAGCUCUUGAGAAAGCUCAUUUUGAAGAAAAUACCCUCAAGGCUCAAGAAAUGGAAAGUCUAAAUGGAAACUACCAGAACAAAAUUAGGCUGAUGCAAGAAGAGCUUAGUGCCCAGGAAGAGUUAGUGCAGUCAAAGUGCGAAGAAAUUGCAAGCCUAAGUUCAGACCUUUCUCAGCUUACAAAGCAAAUCCAUUCACAAAUUGAUUUAUCGAAGGAUUUGAAGCAACUAGCAACAGCUGGACACCAGAAAGUAACUAGUUUGGUAUUCCAAAAGGGUGUCUUGAAAGAUCAACUGCAUGAACUCCAGCAAUCAUACAAGAAGACGACAUCCUUCUUAGAAAGAGUCUACUGCAAGAUUAGAGAAAUAAACCUCGGAGUUCAAGGAGAAGAAGUUACAAAUAAAGAUAAAGAAAUAAAGACAGUCAGCCCACUCUUUAAAUUCAGAAAAUCCGUCCUUGCUAUCAUCGCAGUCAACAGAAUUAAGAAAUUAUUCAAGACUCAAUGCUUAGGAAAGUACGAUUUGGAGUGAAUAGAUAGUAUCAAGGUAGCAGAAUUUGGAGAAAAUGAGGAAAUGUUUAUCUCUCAAGGCUAUCAACUUCCAGAAUACGAUACAGAAGAUAAUCAAAAGUGAUUUAAAUUCGAAAAUAACAGCAUUGAAAAGUCUCUGAGCAUUACCCCUAUUAAACCAUCUCAGGAUGAAAGUUGUUGUAAGAAUCUCAAGACUUCCUUCCAGAACCCUUCAGUAUCCUCAAAUUCGCACUAUAAAUCUUCUUUAUCUUUGAAGCGUCCUUGUGCAUCUUCAGACUUAUUCCCUUAUAUCUCAAAACCGAACGCUUCUUGAACUUUUGCGAAGACAGGCCUUGGGGAGACCACUGCUCAAAAAUCUCCGUAUUAUACUGCACUGAUAAGACAACUUGACCUGGCUUUGAAGACCCUUUUCUCAACAACAAAGUCUGCUAAGAAGCAACUGAAAUCUAGCCAAUCUAAGGCGAGCUCCUUGGAGACCAAAAUUUCUACCCUUGAGGAAGAACUAUUGGAAUCAAUGCAAAAAUGAGAUGGAUUCCAAGAAAAGUUGAACAAGGAUGUUAAGAAGCAAGAAGAACUUGGUGAAAAACUGGUCCAAUCAGAACACAAAAUCGAACAGCUAAAAGUUCGGAUCCAAGACCUCCAAGCCCUCAAUGAGAACAUUGAGGACAAGAAGUGAAGACUCAGCAAGGAAGUUGUAAAAUCUGAGAUCAAGAUAAAGCACCUACAGAGAGAAAUAGAGAUGAAAGAUAUGCAGAUUGAGAACCUGAAGACACUGUGUGUUAAGAACGAGCAAGAUUUUGAACAAGUUAAUGGAAAUUGGACAGACAUGAUGCAUAAGCUGAAGAAGAUGGAGUUUGAAAAAUCUAAGCUUGUUAGUGACAAUGUGAAGCUUCUGAAUGAAAAUGAGGGGUUGCGUAAGGAACUCCUGAAUGUGACUUUCAGGCAGGAUAGCAGUCAGGAAUAUUCUUCAGUUCAAACAGAUUACAAGCAUCAACCAAUGCACAAUUAUCCAAGUCAAAACAAGGAGAAUAUUAACCAGAAUAUUCAGCAUGAUCCUUCUGAGAAUUCUCCAACUUCUUACAGGAGGAAAAGAACUGCUCAUUUCCCAAAUAUCAAACCAGAAGUAUAUGAAAAUAGUGAAAAAUAUCAUGGUGGAGACAGCAGAAGAGGUAGAGAACGGAAUAGGGAAGUAUUUGGGCACGAGGUAGAAUCUGAGGAAUUUAAUCAAACCUCCUCAAAAUACGAUGACUAUGGAAACUCUCCUCCUGAGUAUCCUCCAAAGACUUACAGUUACCUGAAUAGCAAUGCUGACCAGAAUUCUCCCCAAAAUAGCUCACCAAUUACAACCCCUCAGAAAUCCGAAUCGGAAUUUGAGUUUUGAGCUAGUCUCAAAGAUUCCUCCCAUUCACCUCCUGAGUUGCAAUAA